UCGAAAAACACUCCUCCCAUCAUGCUCCCCCUCUGAUCAAUCUUAAAAUCCCAAAAAUCAACCCAAAUUCUCAACAUUAACAACGUUAACAUGGCAAACUACCUUGGAUCCAUGUCCCGUAAUUGGGCAGACAACACAAGCAAACAAAGAUUGUUAUCCCGAAGGGAUUACUCCCAUUUAGGGUUUUUCCCUGAAUCUUAUACCAACGAAAAUGCUUCCAUUCUUCACAGAUGGUGGGCCGCUCUUCAACUCUUUCUUCUUGAUGUUUUCGAAAUGGGUCGGGCCGACCCAAGACAGGUUAUCUUUGCUGCUAAAUCUGGGUUGGCACUUUCUAUUGUUUCUAUACUCAUAUUCUUUAAAGAACCCUUCACUUAUAUGAGCCAGUAUUCCAUCUGGGCUAUCUUGACUGUCAUCGUUGUCUUCGAAUUCAGCAUAGGAGCAACACUUAUCAAAGGGUUUAAUCGUGCUUUGGGGACGUUUUUGGCUAGCAUUCUUGCAUUGGGUGUUGCUCAAAUAUCCCUGUGGGCUGGCCAGUGGCAAGAGGUUGUGAUUGUGGUUGGCAUCUUUAUGGCAGGUUCAAUUACAAGUUAUGUGAAACUGUACCCAUCAAUGAAGGCGUAUGAAUACGGGUUUAGGGUCUUUAUGUUGACCUUUUGUAUAAUACUCGUAUCGGGUAAUGAAGAAAAUGGUAAUACACAUUUUCUUCAAACGGCAGUCUCGCGCUUCUUGUUAGUAGUCGUUGGUGCACUUGUGUGUUUAGUUGUAAAUAUCUGUGUUUAUCCGAUUUGGGCCGGUGAAGAUCUCCAUAAAUUGAUUGUUAAGAAUUUUAGGGGCGUUGCGACUUCCUUAGAAGGUUGUGUUAAUAAUUACCUUCAGCAUUUUGAAUAUGAAAGGAUACCUUCAAAAAUACUUGUAUAUCAAGCGUCCGAUGACCCUCUUUAUAGUGGAUAUCGAUCAGCCGUACAGUCAACAAGUCAAGAAGAUGCUCUCAUGGGGUUUGCGGUUUGGGAACCGCCACAUGGGCGUUAUAAAAUGUUAAACUAUCCUUGGAGUAAUUAUGUGAAAGUAAGCGGUGCACUUAGGCAUUGUGCGUUUAUGGUCAUGGCAAUGCAUGGUUGUAUACUUGCAGAAAUACAGGCACCGGUUGAGCUAAGAUACAUGUUCAGAAACGAGAUCCAAAAGUUGGGUACUGAAGGUGCGAAAAUAUUACGCGAGUUAGCAAACAAAGUAGAAAAACUAGAAAAACUAAGCCCUGAUGUCGACUUGCUUGAAAAAGUGCAUGAGGCUGCAGAAGAAUUACAAAUGAUGAUUGACCAAAAGUCAUACUACCUGGUCAACUCUGAGAAAUGGGCGGCUGGAAGACAACGAAAAGACAAUGAAGAUAUUGAUCGUCUUCAAGAGAUCCAAGAAGAAGAGAUUAAACCGGAUGUCACGGGUUCCUUAAACGAAGCAAAUCCAAAACAACAACCUCACAGUAAAACCCUAGAACGCAGCAAAACCCUAGAACGCAGCAAAACCCUAGAACGCAGCAAAACCCUAGAACGUAACAAAACCCUAGAACGUAACAAAACUCUAGAACGCAACAAAACCCUAGAACGCAACUUCACCCUAGAACGCAACUUCAGCGCUAUGUCAAACCACCCUUCGCUGUCGCGCUGGGGUUCAUCUGAAGAUUUGCUGAAGCAACAAGCACAAUGGCCUUCAAGAUUAUCAAUCGUUGGUGAGACAAUUUUAAACAUGCGUGAACUGAAAACUUAUGAAAGCGCGAGUGCAUUAUCGCUUGCUACUUUCACUUCUUUGUUGAUUGAGUUUGUUGCAAGACUUCAGAAUCUUGUUAGCGCAUUUGAAGAGCUUAGUGAGAAGGCUAAGUUUUCUGAACCCUGGAAUGUACUUGAAGUGAAAGAGGAAGUCAGUGUUUGGACGGGACUGCUCGAGUGCAUCGGGAUCAAGUGAUUGUUUGGUUUUUUGAAGUUGUAUUGUUUGUGACAGGUGCAUUCUGAUAUUUUUGUUGUCUAUUUAGCAUUUUAUCUCUUCCGUUUUUGUUGUUAUAGAGAUGGAGAUAACAUGAAGAGAAAUAAACGUUCUUUGUAUAUUUGAUCAUAAAGUGCAAUU